CCCUCACUGACGGGUUGAACACAGAGUGGCACGGGCGGUCUGUUAGUGAAACCGCGGUAGAUACCAACAAAACCAUUCGUAAAUAGUAUCAUCGGUUUUAAAUGACGCACUAUUGAUACUGUCAACUCGGGAGUGAAAAUAAACCCGAAUCUUAAUUCGUGCACAAACUCAAACGUUAUCCUGUAAUCUAUUGUGCUAGUGCAGAGGCACUGUCUCGUUAACGUUGAGUUAUUGUAUUUAUAGACUACACCGUGGUUGUGCAGGAGCUCAAGACCUGUGAAGUAGUCGCGUAUUGAGCUGCAAUUCUUACAUAUGUAUGGUGCAGUUGGGUUACAUGAAUAUUCCUGAAACGGGUGAAUCCGUUAGCGGACGGCAAAGAUAGCAAGAAUCCUCCAUCCCGAAUCCAUUUGUGCUUAGAAACCCUCGAGAACGAAAAAAACAGACAGAAUGAUAUUUUCAAUGGAAAGAACCACCUUCAGUGUGGUGGUCCUUGGGCUGGCCUUUAUGUUCAUCUUCACGUCUUUCCAGACACAAGGAAACAUGCAGCAAGUGGUGAUCAAGAGCAUCCAGCUAGAUGACCCAAGCUUCAGGGGCUCCGGCUACAUCUCCCUGGCCGUCAUCUACGCCGUCUUCGCCACCUUCAACUGGCUGGCCCCGUCUUGCCUCAGCUUCCUGGGGCCCAAGCUCACCAUGAUCGUCGGCGGCGCCACCUACGUAAUAUUCAUCGCGAGUUUCCUGUGGCCUCAAACGUGGCUUUUAUACCUGAGCUCAGUUCUGAUCGGCAUCGGAGCCGCUCUCAUCUGGACGGGGCAAGGCAACUACCUCACACUCAUGUCCGAGCGAGACACGAUCGCGCGGAACUCGGGCAUCUUCUUCUCUGUGCGCAGCCUCCUCUUCGGAAACAUCUUCGUGUACUACAUGUUCAUGGGGAAGGACACCAUCGACAGCGGGACGCGCCUCGUGGUGUUCGCGGCGCUGACGGGGGUGGCGCUGGUCGGCCUGGCGAUCCUGCUGGCGCUGCCCAAGCCCGGCGCCGACGGCAGCGGCCGCCAGGACGACAUGGGAGGGCCGCUCAACGCCCUCAAGAAGUCCUUCGAGCUCUUCAAGACGCGAGACAUGAUCUUGUUGUCGGUGACAUUCUUCUACACGGGCAUAGAGUUGUCGUUCUUCAGCGGAGUCUACAGCACCUGUGUUGGCUCGACGCUCAGGUUUAGCGACCCCAACCGCCUCGUUGGUAUAUCUGGCAUGUGCAUCGGUAUUGGGGAAAUAUUGGGAGGCGGGGUUUUUGGCAUCUUUGGCGGCAAGACAGUGAAAGCAGGAAGGGAUCCUAUUGUGCUCCUUGGAUUUCUAACGCACAUCCUUAGCUUCUUCCUCAUCUUCCUCAAUCUUCCUACUAUGUCUCCUCUCGAGCGCACAUACGACCCCAGCUUCUUCCCAGGCGGUCAGCCAAGCGAGUCUAUCGCCCUGCUCUGUAGCACUAUGCUGGGCUUCGGCGACGCCUGCUUCAACACGCAGAUCUACUCCAUCCUUGGCUCCAUCUACCAGGACAACUCGGGCCCUGCCUUCGCUCUGUACAAGUUCACGCAAUCGCUGUCUGCCGCGGCCUGCUUCUUCUACUCGAGUGUGGUGCAGCUUUACUGGCACCUCGCUAUCCUUACGGUGUUCUGCGUACUGGGUACAAUCAGCUUCUGUGUAGUAGAAUGGAAAGCCUACCGCGCUGUACAGCAUGCUGUUGACACCAAAAGUUGUUGAUACCAACCGUUAUGCACUUUGCAUAAUGAUUUGUAUCUACGUUUGAUAGUAGUUUCAUGAUUCUAUUAAUCACAUCUAAAAUCUAUAAAGAUCCAAAUACUUGUAAAAUGAUAAUACAUCUAUUACACGUUACCCCCUGUAAUGAUAUGGUUCUCCGUUAUCUAAA